AUGGCUUCAGAGAAAAGGGAAAUUGAAAUGAAUAUCUUCUCUAACAAACAGCAAGAAAGGGAAGUUACCAUAACAGAUAAAAUCGAAAUAGGACAGCGGGUAGUCCGUGGAGUUGAUUGGGAGAAAGGAGACAAGGAUGGAGGGGAAGGAAACGUGGGCACUGUGGUGGAAAUCCUCAACAACUCUCAACAGGUGCGCGUCCAGUGGGAUUCCCAGGACACUCUGAACCGGGAUACAUGUGUUUAUAGAACAGGGUUGGAGAGGAAAUAUGAUCUACGACUUUUUGAUAAUGCACAGACAGGUGUACAUCACAAGUUUUUCGAGUGUGAUAAUUGCAAUGCCCUACCAAUCCGGGGAAUGAGGUGGCGCUGUUUGUACUGCAAGGAUCAUGAUCUAUGCACGAACUGCUAUAUGAAUGACUCUCACAACCUAGACCAUGCAUUCGAAAGAUACCAAGGAAUGAAAAAAAUGAGCGUCAAUGUAGGAACACGGACAGAUUCACGUGAAUUGCAAACUAGUGGGGUAUUUCCUUUAUGUGACGUUAAAUACAGAAAAGAUACAAAAGUGGCAGGUACCCUUAUCGGUAUUGAUGACAUCACAUUUGCAGAGCCCGAGAGAGUGAAGUAUUUCCAGGACCAUCUGCAGGAAAUAAGUAAAGUCAAUGCAGCCAUAGGAAUUCGAGUUGUGGAAAGGUCUGACAAUGAACACGUGACAGUUGGAACAAUCACCAGUGUAAAGGAAAUCAAAACAGAAGAAAUAGUAUUAAAAGGAGGACGGCCACUGGGGAGUCAAAGUAAUCGUGACCCGUCAUUAGAAGAGCAAGGGUCUUCCAACCCAAAUCAAAAAAUGGAAUUCCAACCGGAAGACAAAUCUGUUGAGCAUUGUUCAGUCACCGUGCAGUGGGACGAUGGCGUACAAGAUGAAAAUGUUGAAACGAGUAAAACUGAAAUAUUGUUGUUCGACAACAGCCAAAAAGGGAUUAAGCAAGGCGCUGCGUGCGAUGUAUGCGACACUGGAUACAGGAUCAAAGGAAUGAGAUGGAAAUGUACUGAGUGUCCUGACUAUGACCUUUGUACAUCAUGCUACAUGUCUGCAAAAGAUGAACAUCUCGAUCAUAAAUUCCAACGAAUCACUGAACCUGGCGAAAGAAAAAAAAUGGAAACCUCACGCAGAGAUCAAGAAGGAAAAGUGAAGACGGCUCUAGGAAUAUUCAAAGGCGCCAAGGUUCAGGAACUGGAAAGCAGUACAGAAAUAAAGAGCACAGUGGAAGAGCUAUGGCAUAACAGAGUAAACAACCCAAGGUGUAUUUUCGUUGUUAACAAAGCUAACGGCAAGAAUCAAGAAAUCAGAGGACAGUUUACUGAUUUUCAGAGCGACAAUUACAACAAUGCCACCUUUUAUUAUCCUUCUCAUUUGCCUGGUUUGGGAAAAUAUAUCCAGGGAUACGUUAAAGUAGAAGACGAAAGCAGCAAAGUGGAAAUCGUCGUUGAAUUGUGGUAUCAGAAAGAUGUUCCAAAAUCGUCGUCAUAUGUGAAAUACAGUCUUUAUCUGAUUUUUGCACUCAAACCAGAAGAUGGUGAAAACAAGUUUCGACCUUUAGAGGACGUUAGGAAAUUUGCAAGUAAAUCUCAUUUGCCGUGUCAGCUUGCAUUUGAGAAGGUACUGUUUCUAGAAGAAGCAGUCGUCAUCCACAAAGACACAUCAAAUGAAACGAUACAGAAAUUGGUAAAUGACGGUGUCAAGAAAUUUGCCCGAGGAGAAAUGGAGGAGGGUGAGGAUGAACAAAAGUAUUUUCAACGCAUGGCUGUGUAUGUAAGUGGCAGUGUUCCAUUACCGGUUUUUAUAUCAUUACGGAACGGAGUUAUCAACACAGACGUUCUUGUGACUGCCUCCAUGAACAAAAUCCCAGUCAUCAGUUUCAAGAAAAAACCAAGAUAUGUAUACGUAUCGACAAUGAAAAACGACACUGGCUGUGUGAAACCUAAGGAACAUAAAAUUGACAUGAGAACUCCAUGGAAAGUCAUCGAUAUGACUGUUAAAGAAUAUGGGACUGGUUGCUCUCUCGAAGAUGAAGUUUCUCGACUCGACGAUAUACCUAAACAUGAAAACAUGGCUGCGCUGAUUUCCAAUGCACUGAUUGGAGUAUACAUGCAUAAUAAUUCUGACGAGGAAAACAACGAGGAAAACGAAAUCUUUGGAGAAAACAGUCACAUUUACCCAAAUGCGUUGUCGGUGUAUUUACUGAGAGCUGGGAAGUGGAAAAUACCCAAAACUUGCAUAAAAAAAUCAUUUAACCACCGAUCAAUCGAGUUUAUAUUUGAAGAGAAACUGACUAAAGAUUUCGAGAAUGGACUGUGGAAAGAAAUGGAAUUGAAGACCAAAUCGGCUUAUGUCGUGCCCACAUGGAUAGAACAAGGAACAGGUAGAUUUGAAGAAAAUAUCAGUUUUGUUUUAAGAUACAAAGAAUAGUAACAAACCUAAUAUUAUAUCAAAAAAUAGAUUCACUUCUUUUAUACAACUGUGAUUGUGAUUUCCAAUCGAAAUAGAUGACUCUAUCAUUAUGAUAAGUUCAUAGAUAUGUCAAAAGAGUAUAGUUCAAUGAACAUGGGGGGGGGUGUAAAAUGAAGUAAAUGUAGAGGAUUCAAGGAAUCUGAAUCUCAUAUAAACAGACAU